CUACACACAGCAGACUCAACGCCUGUUCUGCCUGGGAUCUUGCCUUUCGUCUUCUACCUUUGAAGGAUCUCUUCUGGGAUCAUGUAGUAGAUAUAUUUGCAGUUGCGUUCUCCAUAGCAUCCUCUGCUGUAUGUGGACCGGACCCCCCGCUGUCAGAAAUGCCUCUGUCCCGCAUAAGACAAGAGGAUCUGAAGAGCUACUCUGUAGUGGACACAAGCACCGAGAAGGUCUAUAAAUCCACCUAUGGGCCCACACGCACCCAUGUCCUGAUCAAACUUUUAUCUUUGUCUGAACUUAAUGACAGGUCCCGACAAGCGGUCCAGAACCAUAUCGAAUAUAUCAGUAGGAUAGAAUCCGAGCACGUGACACCCAUGGUUGGGAUUUAUCGGACACCAAACAUGUUGGGUAUUGUAACACAAUGGAUGCCAAACGGAUCCCUGCACUCUCUUAUUUACCAGCGUGAUUUAUACCCGGUGCUUCCACUGAGUCUAUGUAUCCGGAUCCUGAGAGAUGUUGCUGAGGGUUUGACUUUCUUACACAACCUUCACCCUUCUAUAGCGCACCAGCGCCUGAAGCCCUGCAAUAUUCUUUUGGAUGAUCAGUACCAUGUAAAGCUUUCAGAUAUCCAAACACUGGACUUACCAAAGCUUUCAAUAUCUUCGGAUGAAAAUGAUACACACAGAGUCUAUAUGUCACCUCAGAGGCUACAGGGUCAUGAACCAACAACAGCAGAUGAUAUGUACAGCUUUGGGACCUGUGCGCAUGAACUUGUAAGCAGAAAAUGUCCAUUCCAAGACAUCGACCCUUUGAAACGGGACACAUUAGUAGUGAGAGGUCACAGGCCCCAGCCAAGCAUCGACAUCAUUUUAAAAUCCAGCAAUCUCCCACAAAGUCAGCGCACGGAUCUGAGUCGGCUCAUCGACCUGUGCUGGCAUCAGGACCCCAGCAUGAGGCCAACAGCUGCUAAGUGUUUGUCCCAACUACGCGGCAUUCUGCAGACUUUUUCUGUUGAGGAGAGUAAGCGUGAAAUGGACAAUUUUGUUAUAAAAAAGGAGAUGGCAAUGCAGGACUGCCAGUCCCAGACACGCACAGUGGAAUUUCAUAUCAAAUACCUAGAUGAUUGCUGGUUAACAAGCCAUAGGAACAGAACUCAGAGUACCCCUGAGGAGGGCACUAAAGUAUCACCACUUUGUUCCGGGAAAAAAGAAAAACGCAGUGCCAGCCUUCCAGUUACAACUCCUACGAACGGUAGUCAUAUGCUUACAAUGGGACAUCAUCCAAGAACAGAAAGGAACAGUAGGGUCAGCUGGACACAUGUGGAGCCAGUAGGUCAUGCCAAGCCCCCUCCUCUUUUAAGGUGCAGAAAUUGUGUUGAGACUUUGAAUAGAAACUUGGAGGUUUUGUUAAACAGCAUCACAGAAGGGCAUCUCAACCAACUUAUUGACAUCAUGAUGUCCAAAUUUGUGCUUUCCAGAGAUGACGUUGAAUACAUUAACGCAGAGCAAACUCGGAAAGCCAGAAUAAGGAAAUACAUUGAAACCUGCUGUGAAAAGGGAGAAGAGGCCUCUCGGAUGACUUUGGAAAGCCUCCUCACCCGGAAAAUCAUUUAUAUGAAUCCUGUAAACUAAGUUUGACAUUAGGAAUUACCCAUCGUGUUCACAUCUGUGGGUUAUUCUUGCAGUUUGUAUUUAAAGUUGCAUGCCGAAUCAGUUUGUUAAUCACGUCGGGAUCAAUGCCUGGAAACAAUGCAUAGAUUGGUCAUAUAUCAGAAGCUGGCAGCUAAUGGUUGAAAUUUACUUAUGGUAUUCGGUAUUCACUAGGCUUAUCUUUGGCUGAAGGUCAUCCAUACAAUUUUUACCUAUUUAUCGGUUUAACAUGCAAUUAACUUUUUCAGUGGUAUUUGGACCAUUUCCAGCAUAGGUAAAAAAAAUAGAUUAUAUGA